CGGGGAGCAGGCCGGCGGGCCGGAAGUGGCGCGGCUCCGUCCGCGUCCGCUGCCCCGGCGGAAACGCGAGCGCCGGGAGACGCGUUCCGGGGCGCACCGGGGGCGCAGGCGGCGGAAUGGAGGCCGGGUCCGAGGACGCGGCCCCGAGCCGCCGCCCGACGCUGGCGUCCUCCUGGGACGUCACCCGCGGGACCCUGGCCCGGAGCCUCCGCCUCAGCCGGGCCGGCGUGGACGACGGGGACCCGGGCUGCGACGAGCUGCUGGCGCCGCCGGCCCCGGGCCAGGACGUGGUGGUGCUGCAGCGGGGCGCGCGCGGCGCCGAGGAGCAGCCCUGCUUCCUGUACGUGCGCUGCCCGCGCGAGGCCGGCGAGGAGCUGCUGGCCGUGGGCGUGCUGAGCUCGGCCCGCAACAUGGAGGUGUACCAGGGCCAGGAGUACUGCGGCACCGGCCGGGGCCGGCCCGCCGCCGUGCACAGUGAACAGGAAAAGAUUAUUUUGUACCAGAAACAUCUAAAAUUGGAGUCCUCCACACACGCUUGUAAAAUAAAGCUGCUCUCGUUCGGGGACAGGCCCUGCGUGUGCAUCAGCACUGUUGGGGUCCACCUGAGGCGGGUGGUCCCCGCGGCCUCCCCGGGCGCCCCAACGCUGGGCUCCAGGAUCGACCUGGCGCGCGUGCAGACCCUCAUGGCCACCAUGGGCUCCAAGCUGUCGCCCGGCGCGCAGCAGCUGAUGAACAUGGUGAAGCUCCAGCAGCAGAACUGUGUGCCCCUCGGAGAGCAGCUGCGGGCCGUCCUGGGGAACGCGGCCGCCGACCAGCGCGCCCCCGACCAGCGCGCCCCCGACCCGCAGCCCGGCCCGGCCCCGGGCGCGCCCGAGAAGGCGUCGUGCACGCCGUUCCCCUUCAGAGCCGGGCUGGCCUCCGCGCACGCCGCCGAGGAGCCGCCCGCGCCCCCCGGCUCGGAGCCGGCCCUGCUGGAGGCCACCCUGAGAAGGGCCGUGUCCUCCCUCGCACCCAAGACCGCCGGCGUCCACUGCAACGGGCCCGGCCCCGACCUGCUGCCCUUCCUGCAGGACCUGUGCAGCCAAGUCAGCCGCCUGCGCGCGGGGCCCGAGCCCGAGUGGCCGGAGCCGCUGCCCAGGGCGCGGGACGGCCUCGCCGGGCUGACGCCCGAGGAGCCGCCCGUGUGCGCGCAGCUGGAGAGGAUCCUGGGCCGGAGCCUGGGGCUGCUGGAGCAGCAGCUGCGCGCCUACAUCGACGAGCGGGUCCUGCGGCUGCAGCAGCACCUGGACGACAAGCUGGCCACGCUGCUGGCCGCGCUGCGCUGCCCCGCCUGCCCGCCCGCGCCCGCCGCGCCGCUCCCGCGCUGGGACUCGGGGGAGAAACUGUCCAACGGGGAGAGAUGAGUGCCCGCCCCGGCCCGCCACAGCUGCCCGGCCGUGUUCCUGCCGCCGCCCUCGGUGGGCGCCGGUGUGCCGUGGCCCCCUCUCCCGGGGCCGCCUCGGGGGUCAGAGUUACUGUAUUUCCGUUAUCCAUUACUGUAUACUCAAGGUUGACAUGGUAAGGCCAGAAAUUAUUUUUGUUUGCCGUAUUUUUCACUUUUAGGAGAAGUUUACAUAGAUUUCUAGGUUGUUUCAAGUGUUAAACAUUUUUUUAAGGAUUUCUAAUGUAUUUCAUGAGUUUUUAUUAUGUAUUUGAUAGAAGUACUUUUUUUUAAUUUAUGCCAAGUCUUACUCUAUUUUUCAGAGUAUCAAAAUAAUGUUUAGGUAUUUUUUUUUUCUAGCUGCUUGUGUUUAGAAAACUGGAUUCUUAAGAUUUGAAACUUUUAUUCAGAUCACUAAUUGACAUUUUGUAUUAUUUGUCUCAAUAAUAGGCAGCUGUGUUUGGCCUGUGUAAAGCUGGUUGUUUCUGUACAGGGUAAAAAAUAGAUAAAAUUCUAGACGCCAGACCUGCCGGGUCCGUGUUUACAGCGAGUGACGCAUCUGGACCUGCCUCUGCCCGGGAAGGUUGAGGCCUCUCGCCUCUCUGAGCACACCGGCCAUCUGGCCAGCCCUGGGCUGUGGGAAGGUGACGUUCUGAGGCGUGGGGGUCCGGGAGCUGGUGAGGCCGGAUUUCCAGAAACCGUAGCUCUUGUGUUUGUGCUGAAGGAUGAGACGGUUUUGUCUGGGGUCACACCCGGAGAUGCCCAGGGGUUACCCUGGCUCUGCACUUACUGGCAGUGCGCAGGGGACCGUACGGGACUCGGGGGUCGGCUGCGUGCAAGGCAGAUGUGCUGCCCGCUGUACUGUCGCCCUGUCCCUAAGGGCAAGGUGUUUGCAUUUGAGCAAGAAAAGCAUCGGGCAGGGCUGUGUGUAGCGGCAGAGCGCUCGCCUCGCCUCUCUGGGUUCCCCAGCUCCGUCCCUGGCACCAGGGAAAUAAUAAAAACAAGAAGCGAAA